AUGUCUUUCAAAGGAAAGAGACUGGCUAAGGAAUACAAGGACCUAGUAUCCAAUCAGGUACCCGGAAUCACAUGCGAAGCUACUGAUAGUUUUGAUACUUUGGUCAUCCAAGUUUCAGUCUUGGACAACCCACUUUAUAUUGAUGACAGUUACAGAUUGAGAUUUAUAUUCUCUGACAAAUACCCAUUUUCCCCGCCACAAGUUCAAUUCAUUGACAAGAUCCCCAUACACCCUCAUAUAUACUCCAAUGGCCAUAUCUGCCUGAACAUUUUGGGUAACGAUUGGACCCCUUCCCAGACAGUGGCAUCCAUAUCCAUGAGUGUGCAAAGUAUGCUUGCAAGCAACAACUUGAACCAGAGGCCACCAGACGACGACAAUUAUGUAAAACAUGCACCUGAAAACCCCCAGCAUAGCUCAUUUUACUACCACGAUGAUACUGUUUAA